AUGGCUGGUGGCACCACACGUUUGGCAGUGGACUUGUACCGGGUUCUUUCUUUGUCCCAGAAAAGUGGGAACAUUCUCUAUUCCCCUCUUGGAGCUUCAAUGGCCCUCGGAACGGUCCAUCUAGGAGCCAAGGGCAAGGCACGUGAUGAAAUCAGGCAACUUUUGAACCUGCAAGGAAAUGAUGCUGGUGAAGCUUUCCUGCCACUCCAGACACUGUUCUCUGUCACCUCCAGAGGAAAGGCAUUUACAUUUAAUCUUGCCAAUGCCCUCUACCUUCAAGAAGGAUUCAUAGUGAAAGAACAGUAUCUCCAUAGCAACAAGGAAUUCUUUCAGACGGCUGUAAAGCUGGUGAAUUUCCAAGAUACUAAAGCUUCCGCAGAGGCUAUAAGUACUUGGGUAGAAAACAAAACAGAUGGUAAAAUCAGACAUCUUGUUGCAAGCAAUGAUCUUGGUCCCUUGACUAGACUUUUGCUGGUGAAUGCCCUUUUCUAUAAAGGGGACUGGAAGCAGACGUUCAAAGCAGAGGACACCAGUUUGAUGGCUUUCACUAAGAGUGACGGUUCUGUAACCGAGAUACCGAUGAUGCAUCUUCAGCUCACAGCAAAACUGGGUCAUUUUACUGACCAUAAUGUGAACUACCAAGUCUUGGAGCUUCCAUACAAAGGAGAGGAAUUCAGUUUUGUGCUGAUCCUUCCCGCAGAAAAUGUGCCUGUUGAAGACAUAGAGAAACUCAUUACAGCCGAGCUGAUGAAAGGCUGGUUUGUUGCAAUGGAAGAGGAUGAUGAGCUAGAAAUCAGCCUUCCUAGGUUUAAAAUAGAGCAAAUGGUGGAUUUGAAAGAAAUUCUCCAGUCUCUCAAUGUUACGGAGAUAUUUAAUAAUGGAUGUGACCUUUCUGGAAUAACAGACUCUGCUGAUGUGCACAUCUCUAACGCCAUUCAAAAAGUCUGCUUCGAGGUGAACGAAGACGGCAGUGAAGCUGCAGCAUCGACUGGCAUGCAUUUGGCAGCCAUCAUGAGUUUGUCACGCAACCAAGUUGUGGCUAACCGACCAUUCCUCUUUCUCCUGAAACAUAACUCUACAGGGUCCAUUGUGUUUAUGGGGAAGCUGGCCAAUCCUGACAUCGAACCCCAAAAGAGAAGAGACAGAGACUCUCUUUAAGAUUAAUAAGAAUCACCCUAAGGGCAUAGGUGCUUCUGGGGGGAAAAGUGUGGCCUCACUUAACACAGGUGUCUGUUGGUUAUUGUCUCUGCCUUUGCAUAUAAGGGUUAUGAGGAUUUCAGAAUAAACCAUUUUUGCAUGUACUGUUUGUUUCUAGCCUUUCUGUAAGUUUUUUUUUAUGUAUUUUGGAUGUGCUCGAAAAUUCCAGGCAAUUAUAAGAGGAUGCUAAAGUGGAUAUUUGAAAGGAAUGCUAUGCACUUCAAGAAGUAACUUUAUAGAAGCUAUCAUGUGUUGUUCAGUAAAGCAAGCUGUGAGACUCACAGACAGGGAUUUUUAGUGAGAGAAGGAAACCUGCAAUAAACGGGUUAAGCAGAGCAGAACAGAGCGCCAGGUUUGCCAAGGUCAGCAGCUGGUGGGCAAGUAGAUAAGAAGGAACUUGCAGAAGCUCUGGUGUGGGGGAAAGUAGUUUGGA